AGAGAGAGAGAGAGAGAGGCCAAAGAAGCUUCUUCUUUUCUGCAUAAAAAAAAAAUAAAAAAUCCAAACCCUCUCACAGAGUGUUGUUCAUCCCCCACUCUUUCUCUCUCCUCUGUUCAAAUUAUCAAACCCAUUGUCCCCAUCUUCUUCCUUGUCCAUAUACUUCUCAGGCUUUUCCUCGAGUUAUAUAUUUUUGUUUCUUGCAUUGAUGUCUAUACCACUGGAACAUAAUUAUAUAGGCUUAACAGAGACUUCUCCAAUGGAAAGAAGCUCCGACAUGCUUUCAUCUUCUACUUCCUCUACCCUCUCCACAGAGGAUGAGAAGAGUUCUGCUCUCAACCUCAUGGAGACUGAGCUCAGACUUGGUUUGCCUGGGUCUGAAUCCCCAGAGAGAAAACCAGGACCUGGGGUCUCUCUUUUUGGCAAAGACUUGGAGGAUAGGAAUAAUGGUUAUUCUCUAAGCCCUCUAAAGAACCCUGUCUCUGGGGCUAAGAGGGGUUUCUCUGAUGCCAUUGAUGGCUCUUCUGGGAAAUGGGUUUUCUCUCUCGGUAAUGGAUCUGAGGUUGAUUUGUUCUCUCCUGGAGGUGGGAAUGGUGGGAAGCCUCUUGGUGGUUUAGAGGGUAAGCACAAUACCCAAAACUCAUGUCCGUCUGCAACACCAAACAUGAAAGAGGCUGCCUCUGUUCCUCAAUCUCUAAAGCCAGUUCAGGAGAAGAAGCCUCAGGUUCCUGCUGCAAAGGCGCAGGUAGUAGGAUGGCCACCAAUUCGAUCAUUCCGAAAGAACACCAUGACCUCAAACUUGGCAAAAAAUAGUGAUGCUGAAGGCAAAACUGGAUUUGGAUGUCUUUAUGUAAAAGUUAGCAUGGAUGGUGCUCCAUACCUAAGGAAGGUUGAUCUCAAAAUCUACAACAAUUAUAAGGAAAUCUCAUCAGCUCUCGAGAAGAUGUUCAGCUGCUUUACAAUUGGGCAGUGCAGUUCUCAUGGACUUCGCGGAAGAGAUGGUCUGAAUGAGAGUCGCUUGAAGGAUCUUCUCCAUGGUUCCGAAUAUGUGCUGACAUAUGAGGACAAGGAUGGUGAUUGGAUGCUUGUUGGUGAUGUCCCCUGGGAAAUGUUCACCGACUCCUGUAGGAGGCUGAGGAUCAUGAAAGGUUCAGAGGCAAUUGGGUUAGGUCUGUCCUACUAUAAUAUACAUUCAGAAUGAGAUGGUUUGUUAGUUGAAUAUACGCCAAGGGCCAUGGAGAAGUGCAAGAGCCAUAGCUGUUGUGAAAGGGAGGCGUUUCCUGGGGCAUUGAAAGCUUUGUAAGAACUUUUUUUUAUCUUGGUGUUUUGUUAUAGAGUCCUAUAUGUGUAUGUAUCUGAAAUGUAUUAGCUUUUUGUGUAGUUAAUAGAUUGGAAAAUUUUCCUGUAAGGUAGAAGAUUUCCACUGGAGACAGACAGAUUAUUCUAUAUUCUCUUUUAUUUUCUCUAUUAUGUAUCGCUGAAUUCCAA